AACCUGGAAAUCACGAUUCACAACGCAAUCUGACCCCGCUCCUACCAGACGACCAGUCCUGACUCCUGAGUCCUGACUCCAAACUCGCUCUCCGCGGUUCCCAGUUUCUCAAGCCCCACCCAACCGCACACCCAACGACCUUUCAAAAAUUCCGACUCUGAACGAACCAAACGGCACCGUUUCUUCUCCCUCCCUCUCUCACAUCAAAUAUCAACUCUUUAACCAGAAAGCAACGUGUCUAUUCGAUAGUUUCCUAUUCUAAAGGAAUGGCAGCGAAAAUCGGGUCGCUUCGGCACAGUUUCGCCGAGAGGAGCAAGGAGAGGCUGCUCUUUCGGAAGGGCUACUCCGAGUUGGGCCUGAACAGCUCGGACGGCGGCGACGACGGAGUCAAAUGCCGGUGCUUCCGUAUAUUUUCCGACGGAAUCGCCAGCUUCUGGUACGGCCUGCGAGAGACUUCGGCCAAGCUGUACGAGAUGGGCCGGUCCGAUCAUCGCAAGGUCUUAUUCGCCGUGAAGAUGGGGCUCGCCUUGGCCAUCGUGUCACUCGUCAUCUUCUUUAAAGAGCCGCUCCAGGAGGUCAGCCAGUACUCCGUCUGGGCAAUUCUCACCGUCAUCGUGGUCUUCGAGUUCAGCGUAGGGGCUACACUUAACAAAGGGUUCAACCGUGCUUUGGGGACAUUUUCUGCCGGAGGGCUUGCUCUGGGCAUUGCAGAAAUUUCUACGAGGGCUGGGGAUUUUGAGGAAGUUAUUAUAGUAAUUAGUAUUUUCAUUGCAGGAUUUUCUGCAAGUUAUGCCAAACUGCAUCCAACAAUGAAGUCCUAUGAAUAUGGGUUCCGGGUCUUCUUGCUGACAUACUGUAUUGUACUGGUCUCUGGGAGUAGUUCAUUUUUCCAAACAGCUUUAUAUCGGUUAAUACUUAUUGGGAUCGGUGCUGGUAUAGGCUUGGUUAUAAACAUAUGUCUAUACCCCAUCUGGUCAGGGGAGGAUCUGCACAAAUUGGUGGUGAAAAAUUUCGAGGGUGUUGCUUCUUCUUUGGAAGGCUGUGUUAGUGGAUACUUGCAAUGCAUUGAAUAUGAGAGGAUCCCCUCUAAAAUUCUUACAUACGAAGCUUAUGAUGACCCAAUGUAUAGUGGCUAUAGAUCCGCUGUACAAUCUUCAAGCCAAGAGGAAUCUCUGUUAGCCUUUGCAAUAUGGGAACCGCCUCAUGGCCCUUAUAGAACUUUUAAUUAUCCUUGGAGAAGCUACGUCAAAUUAAGUGGUGCACUGAGGCAUUGUGCUUUCAUGGUAAUGGCAAUGCAUGGAUGCAUACUUUCAGAAAUACAGGCACCACCAGAAAAGAGACUCGUUUUCAGUAGUGAACUUCAGAGGGUUUGUACUGAAGGAGCUAAAGUUUUACGUGAGGUUGGAAGCAAAGUAGAAAAGAUGGAAAAACUAAGCCCCAAAGACAUACUGCUUGAAGUGCAUGAAGCAGCAGAAGAGUUGCAAUCGAAGAUUGACCAAAAAUCAUACCUUCUGGUCAAUUCAGAGAGCUGGGAAGGUGUAAGGCAGGCUAAGGAAUUUGACGAUCCUCAGAACUUCAUCGAUGUCAAAGACAAUGAAAAUAAAGGAUUGGUAAUCAAUUCCCUCAGUGAAACGUUGGAUGUUCAGAAUCCAAACAUGAGUGUAGAACCCUCCAUUCCGCAUUGGAUAUCCUCUGAAAGUGUGCUUAAGAAACCAGUGUCAUGGCCACGUCUUCUCUCAUUUGCUGGGGAUGACAUCCUUGCCGAAGAAUCAAAAGUAUAUGAAAGUGCCAGUUCCUUGUCCUUAGCAACUUUUUCAUCACUUCUGAUUGAGUUUGUUGCCAGGCUUCAAAAUCUUGUUGAUGAGUUUCAAGAGCUUAGUGAGAUAGCAAAUUUUAAGGAACCCAUUGACCCACCGGAGGCCAAAGAGAAGGUUGGGUUUUGGACCAGACUGUUUUGGUGCUUCCAUUGACUUCCUUGUUCAGUUGCUUCAUCUUCCUACUUUUUAUACAGUUUUUGGGAAUUCAUUAUUGGUUACUGCUUGGUUGACUUUGUCCUCCUAAAUGUAAGGAAGGCAGUAAAUUUUCUCACCUAAAAUUGUAAUUCUAGCCACUGAAGACGUCCUGAACUGAUGACACAGCUCCUCCAAGGAUUCGUUUGAUCUUAUUCUGAUGGAAUGGAAGCCAAGCCGGGGAAAUCUCCAGUUAUGGGCCUUUUCUCUGAUGCCAAUAUUUUAUUAGUGGAAAUGAAAUCAAACUUAAAGAGGAUUAGAGAUUUCCGCGGAUGUUGUUCUUUAUAUUUUAUUAACAUAGUUUUUGGUUUAUAAUCUUUACAGAAGAUGGCUCACAAAACACGCACACAAACGGAUUACGCCACGACGGCCUUUACCAUGUCUCUUUCUUAUGUUUUAUUGGUGGAUUUGGCAUCAAGUGAAAUCUUAACAAUAUUUGGCUGUAAAUGCUGUUUGGAGUCAGAGGGGAAGGUAUAGAGGUCGUGAUCACAGUACUUCAGGUUAUCUUAAAUGAUGUAUGUUCUCACUUAUAGGGUCUUUUAAGCCGGAUAAUCCAUCCGGGGUCUAUCAAGGCCCUUUUGAAAGGAAAUCUAGAGUUUCUCAUUAGAAGACAAAAGGACUAGUUCGGAAAUGUUUUGAUGGGAUGUAAAGGUGAAAUUAUUUUUGUAUUUUAAUUAGUGUUCUGUA